AUGGCUGACGAAUUAAAUUAUCUAAUUGUUGGUGGUCUUAGCUAUAUUGGCCUACAUAUUGUUGAAUACCUGUUGAAGAAGUAUCCGAAUGUUAAGCUAACAAUUCUUGAUUUAUCAUUUAAUGCGGCUUAUGCAAAUGAAAUUUUGAAAAAAGUUGAAAAUUAUCCUCAACAAUGCACUAUUACUAUUGGUAGUUCUGGGAAUAGUGAAUUGGUGAAGAAAAUACUAGAGAAACAAAAGAUCAAUACAGUAUUGUACAACGUUUGGAGUCGUGAUGUUAGUGCUACUGCUGCUAAAAAAGAUCAUUCAGAAUGUUUUCGCAAAACGUUAUCCUGUCUAACGCAAUUUCUAGAAGUUCUACGAUGCUAUGGAAAAUUGGCAAAAUUCAUUCUUAUUAGUUCAGAAGUAGUUUAUGGAAAACAAAUAUUAAAAUUGGAGACAACAGCAACAAAACCAUGUUCACUUAAAGGAGCGGCGAUUAAUGCUUGUGAAAUGAUGCUUCAUUCUUACAUUACUAGUUAUCGUAUACCUGCUCUUACUGUUCGAUUAUCUGCAAUUAUCUACGGUGGGGUAAUGGAUGAUAAUUCAUUAUUAUAUCUAGAACAGGAUGACAAUGAAGAAAUUGGAACUGUUGGUUUGUUACACGUUCAGGAUGCUGUAGUUGGGAUUGGAGCUGCUUUAGAAAGAGGGCAUAUUGGUGAAAUUUAUAAUAUUGGAGGUCAAUUCGAUUGUUCUUCGCACUUUGUUCAACUUAUUGCAAAGUUUAAAAAAAAUGAAAUUUCAAGUGAUGGAAUCAGUUUAUUGCCGCUGACAAUGUCAUCGAUGAAAGCUGAUCUUGAAUUACUUUGGAAAGCUAAAAUCUCGGAAUCAGAGGGAAUGCGUGAAAUAAUGGUUAAAAGCGAAAGUCACCGAAAUGAAAUGGAUGAAGCUAGUACAGAUAAAAUCCUUGUCUAUGGCACUGAUUUCGCUUUGAAGCGUCUUAGUAGGUUAAUUGAGAAUAAGAAAAGAUAUCUGCCGGAAUCGCUACAGAAGGAAAAUAUUAUUAUUACCACUCGACCGUUUGACUCGAGUGAUGUUGACAUUAAUGAAAUCAUUGAUGUAUCUCCAAGUCAUAUUGUUUAUAUCAACGUUCCUAAUGUGUCAGAAGUAUAUCAUAUUGAACCUAUGAUUGAUAUUCGAUCAUUACUUAAGACCAAACUGUGUGCAAUGCUUUAUGCUCCCUGGUUUUUGGCAUCAUUUUGUGACAAACACUCAAUCCAUUUCACUUAUUUAACUUCGUAUAAUCUUCUUGGAGAGAGUUUUUUUACAGCACCUCAUUUGGGAUUCGAGCUGCCUGAUAUACGUUUUGAACUUUAUGAUUAUCUUAUGGCUAUUGAUAAAUUUGCUGAUCGUUUAUUGCAACAUUUUGAUAACAUUCUAUUUUGUCGUGCAGGAAUUAUGAUCAAUAAAGAUGAAUCCAAUAAGGAGACGUGUUUUGGUAUGGAGUCAUCACUUUAUUUAUCUUUUUUGUCGGAUUGCAUUCCACGAAUUCUUGAUCUUGCACUAAAAGGUCGUACUGGUAUGGCUGAUGUUUUAAAUCCAAUACCUCUUGAUGAUUAUGAUUUUCGAGAAGAAUGUAAUCGAGGGAAUAGACCGUUUGGUGCAUUAAUCGAAUUCGUAUGUUCAUUUAAAAAAAUAGAUCAUUUUUGA